AUGGCUGACCAGCGUCCUGCUCCCCUCCGUCUGGGCACCGUCGCCCCCAACUUCAAGGCCGAUUCUACCAAGGGCCCCAUCGACCUGCACGAGUAUGUCGGCGAGAACUGGGUUGUCUUCUUCUCCCACCCCGAGGACUACACCCCGGUCUGCACCACCGAGCUGGGCGAAAUGGCCCGCCUUGAGCCCGAGUUCAAGAAGCGCGGCGUCAAGCUGCUGGGCCUGAGCGCCAACACCGUCGACUCGCACGAGGGCUGGGCUGCCGAUAUCAAGGAGAUUAGCGGCAACACCCUCAACUUCCCCAUUGUUGCCGACAAGGAGAGGAAGGUCGCCUACCUUUACGACAUGCUUGACUACCAGGACACCACCAACGUCGAUGAGAAGGGCAUUGCCUUCACCAUCCGCUCCGUCUUCUUCAUCGACCCCAAGAAGACCAUCCGUACCAUCCUGUCGUACCCCGCCUCCACCGGCCGUAACAGCGCCGAGAUCCUGCGCGUCGUCGACUCGCUCCAGACCGGCGACAAGAACAAGAUCACCACCCCGGUCAACUGGGUCCCUGGCGACGACGUCAUUGUCCACCCGUCUGUCAAGAACGAGCAGGCCAAGGAGCUGUUCCCCGACUUCCGCAUCGUCAAGCCCUACCUUCGAUUCACCCCGCUGGCAAAGGAGAAGGCCACCGCUGGCAUCUAA